AUGACUAAUUUGGAUUUAAAUUUUGUAGAUUCUCUAAUCGUGGCCAUCAUAAACGCCAAAGUCAAGAAUGAAAAAUGGCUAGAUAGAGCAGUCGAAAGUCGCGAUUCUGAUUUACAUUGUGGUGCUAUGAAAAUAACAGAUGAAAAGCACUCAAAUAAUAGAAUUAAUUACUCAAAAAUAUAA